CAACUAUGAGCUGGCGUGUUUGUGGUCGGUGAAAUGCCGUGCCUGUAUCAAAAUCACCUUUCAUUCUUCGUGCGAUCGUAGCCUUCGUUGGUCGUGUGUCUCGUUUCGCUGCUACUAGUGCUGCGGAGAGUGGUUCCUGGUUUUGUCGCUUGUGAACUUCAUUAGUUAGGAACUAGUCGAGGAUAGAAUUACGGUGUUUGCUUGCUGUGAAGGCAUUAACCGUAAGAAUGAAUUACAAGCUACUGAUUUGGUGUGGCCUUCUGAUGCCGCUGGUGGCCGCGCAACCCCAGGAGGACGGACUACGAUCGUUGCUGACGCAGAGAUCGCGCCAGAGGAGUAAAGUGUAUAAAUAUGAGGACCAAAGUCGGCCCGGAAAUCACAUUGUUGGAGCAGCCAAACAGAAACCGGAUACCGUGCCUGAACCAACGGAGGAAACAACUGUCCCCAGUAGCACGGCGGCUCCGUUUCCCAAGAAAGGACUUCAUCCGUUGCUGGCCCGCAAAAAGAUCCAGUUGUCUCCUAAAGAAAGUAAAGCGAAAGCAAUUGACGACAUCGGAAGCAUCGUUGCUGCUUCCGGGUCAACAGUUGAAGAUUCCGAAGGGACCUCAGACGCUACAACUGGAACAACUCGCCGCCCGCGACCAACUCGACCCGGCCGAAUCACUUCCAGUCGCGUAACGACAUCACGAACUACACGAACCACAUCGAAACGGGUUUCUACAACCCCAUCGGAAUCGAAUGGUUCGACCACUUCUCGAACGACCAGAGCCCGUCGUGGACGCCCAACUCGACCCACCAAACCAUCGUCUAGCUCUUCCCCUUCUGAUGAGAUCACUCCGACGGGAACAUCUUCCACUGUAGCAACCGUCCUGGCGAGUCAAUCUUCUUCCAGUCCCCUAGUCAGUGUUUCUCCUCCGUCAAGUAGCAGUAGUACGUCUACUUCCAGCUCUACAUCCACAUCAACUUCUACGGUCACAUCAACGUCGUCGUCGUCGUCGUCGUCGUCGUCGUCGUCGUCGCCGUCACCGUUGUUGUCAUCGACGACGACAAGUACUGCGAGUCUAACAUCCGGAUCUCCAUCACAGGAAGUAUCAUCUUCGUCAGAUGCAGCCGUGCCGCCUUCCUCUUCUCAGGUGGCUACUGCCGGGAGUUCAGUGACCCCUGCCGGCCAUUGAUACAAGGGUAAGUGUCAGCUAGAAGUGAUUAGUUGUGGAACAACCAGAUUUUGUUUCGAUAAAACAAAAUUUCUAUAGAGUUGAUUCCACAAAAAUCGAAAAUGUGAUUGUAUUUAACCGUGUAUGAAUAAAAUUGUUUUGGAUUAUGUGUUAAGAAAUUUA